AUGUCCCUCAUUCUCUCCCCCCUUCUCAUCUUUAUCGCCUUUCUCCUCCUUCUCCUCGUGACCCUCUCCGCACCAUUCAUCCAUCCCAUAUACCUAUUCCGUCUAUCCGUACAUGCCUCUAGCUCUCUCUUCAACGCCGGUGUAAACGCCUCUGCCCAAUUCGGCGCUUUCGGCUAUUGUUUAUCGGCCAUCCAGGUCGCUCACACAACCUCGAUCCAGAAUCUAAUCUCUCGAACAACUACAGCUGCCCUUGUGAUCCAUCCCAUAGCUGCUGGCCUCAGCUUUCUCGCUUUGCUAACAUCCCUCUUCAUGCUCCGUCGCGGCCAAAACGGCACCGCAAGACUUCCAUCCCUCCUGACCCUUAUCGUCGGAUCCACAGCUGCAGUCCUAACCACCAUCGUCUUUCUCAUUGACGUGAUCUUGGUAGCUGUCCUACGCCAUCGCAUACAAAAGGCUUCUGAUGGCGAUCUUACCUUGAAUUGGGGAAACGCGGUCUGGAUGAUCCUUGGAGCGACUGUUGCCUUAUGGUCAGCGAUGCUUGGAGCCGUUUGCGGCGAAAUACUAAUGACUUUACGAAUCUUCUGGACGGAAUUUAUGCCUAGACACGACUGA